AUGUCUGCAGUUCUAGCCCAAGCAAUGACGGAAUCAACUUCGAAAAUCGCGGCCCAAACGGACGUAGAGCUCAUAAAAUGCGAGUGCUGUGGACUAACAGAGGAGUGCACCGCAGCGUACAUAAGCACGAUUCGCGAGCGGUACGAGGGGAAAUGGAUUUGCGGAUUGUGCGCAGAAGCUGUAAAUUACGAGACUAGAUUUUUGAGCAUCGAAGAGGCGUUGGUUCGACACAUGAGCUUCUGCAAUCAGUUUAAAUCCGCGGCUCCUCCUCUGAAUCCUGCCGUGCAUUUGAUAUCUGCGAUGACACAUAUUUUGAGACGGAGUAUGUCGCCGAAGAAACACGGGAGAUUGAAUCGGGGGACGAGUGAGCCUGUUCUGUCUUCGCUGUCUUUGCUUGAUCAGAGCCGUGAAAUGGAUCUGUCGGAACAAGCGAGAACAGAGCUGUGA